AACCGACUCUCCCAAUCAAACGUCCUACAUAUAUAAGGACCUGUACUUCCUUUCUUUCUCUCUCAUUCGCAUCAUUUCAAUCUUGUCCCCUCAAAUCUCCUGAUAAUUGUGAAGAUCUAAAACCCUAGCCUCGUUCAUUUCGAAAGGUUCUCUGCGAAUUUUGUGAUUAAUUUGUGAAGAAAUGGCUCGUACCAAACAGACUGCUCGCAAAUCAACCGGUGGUAAGGCUCCGAGGAAACAACUCGCCACCAAGGCUGCUAGGAAAUCAGCACCAACAACUGGUGGAGUCAAGAAGCCUCACCGUUACCGCCCUGGAACCGUUGCUCUUCGUGAAAUUCGCAAGUACCAGAAGAGUACUGAGCUUCUGAUCCGCAAGCUGCCUUUCCAACGCCUGGUUCGUGAAAUCGCUCAAGACUUCAAGACCGACCUCAGGUUUCAGAGUCAUGCUGUGCUUGCGCUUCAGGAAGCUGCAGAGGCCUACUUGGUGGGUCUGUUCGAGGACACCAACCUGUGCGCCAUCCAUGCCAAGAGGGUGACAAUCAUGCCCAAGGACAUUCAGCUUGCUAGGCGCAUCCGUGGCGAACGUGCUUAAAUAUGUUCAGUUUGUUUUCAUAUUAAUUUCUUAGAUAAUUAGGUGUUUUAGAGCAGCAGCCAUUUGAUACUUGUUUCUGUAUAGAAGUAAAGCAUUUAUUGAGCUUUUGGGCAUAAAUCUUCCCAAAUUGUUGUAUUUGCUUUCGAACUUCAGGUUGUUGAUACAUAUAAGACUAUAAUUUUGCCCAUCAAUAUGCUUUUCUGUUUUUCUUCA